AAUCACAAUUAUGUUCAUUACAGGCACAAUUGAUAAUGUUGUCAGGCACAAUUGAUAAUGUUGUCUGCCCAACCCUCAAUGAUUAUUGCGACCAACAGACAUGCUCAUGCAUGCGUCACAACCUUUUGCGUCACGAGCAUCUGAAACAACGAGACAAGAAGAACAAGAAAUCGAGCUGCAGAGCUGCAGAAUAUUGGCGGCAUGCCUGCUCUUGCAGCAGGUCAUAAGUGAUUUCAACUCAGGUAUCGACACCGCCUCAAUAUUCAAGAGACUGGCAAUCUCUUUUGUCGCACACCCAUGCCGACCGACAGGCCACCAUUGCGGCCCAGUCAGCAUCAAGAGGCACACAAGCGCAAAAGCUGUUUGCCACACCCCAGUGCCAGAUGGAAAUCAUGCCUCCGAUCAAUGAAGAACACGGAAAAGAAGAUUGUGGCAUUCGCUGCACACGCUACUGCAGCCAAUGUAGCGGCAACAGUGCACAAAGCCGACACAUGGGCCAGUGCUGUCACACAUGGAGCGACUGUGAUCAUGUCUUGUUGCAUUUGUGACAUGUGCUGCAUGUCUCUGAAAUGUCAAUGCACACUACCCGUCCUGAUGGGCAGCCGAUGGUUCAGUCAACAAAAGUACCCCUCAAGGUGGUUCAGUCAAGGGACAACAGGGUACAAAUAUGCGCACACCCCCUCAAAGAAUGCCCCGCGGGGCAAAAUGCUCCUCCCAAACACCCAGAAAAUGAAGAAGAAUGGUUUGAGCGGCCCACUUAGAGCAGCACUGGGGCCCAACAAGUGUAUCUGGGUUAAAGAUCGUCAAGUUUUGAUGAAUGGCAUUCUGUAAAUGCUGUCUGAUUCCUGGUGCCAAAGGGGCGUAGCACUGCCCUAUGGGAUGCUCAAAAAUAGUUUUGGCCAGCAGAAUCUACGUUUCCACAUGUCCCCUUUGGGACACACCCUCAGGGGGUACUGAAGUGUAGUCUUCAGUACCCCCUGACACCCUCUGUGGAUUGCCCAUGAUAAACACGAGCAGGCCUCCACAAAAUGGUGCUGCAAGAAAGAUGCCUCCUGUUGAAGUGCUUGAUUUUGGCGCGCCCAAUUUUUGCGCUUCCCCCAACUGCACACACCUCAUAGACUCCAUGCAGCCAGAGUCCCCC